AUUCAGUUGUAUUUUUUAUUUCGACAUUUGCAAAUUUUUCUCAAAAAAUUAAAAGUGAAAACACAAAGAAUCCAUUCAAAAAUGUUCUUUAAUUAUGAAAAGUAUUCAACAAAUAUUUAGUGCACGAGAAUAUAUAUGGAAAUAAUAAAAAAUAUGUAGUGAAAUCAAAGUCUAUCGAAUUAUCAAAUUUAUUCAAUAGUAAUAAUGAAAACUACAACAACAACGACAAAGGGAUAAAGUUAUGCGUCAGCAGUUAAAUGUUUACAUACAAAUUGGAUGAGAAAAAAACGAAAAAAAGAAAAUUAUAUAGAUUUGCAGACAACAUAAAAAAUAACAAAAACAAGGAGUUGAAGGACAAUAACAACAGCAAAUACAAAUAAAGCGACGUAGAAGAAUAAACAACAACAAAAAACCAAACACUGAUUAUUUUCGAGUCAACAUCAGCCGUCGUCUUUUGGUCGUCAUCAUGGAGUCGGCUGAUGUUUUAAUGGAAGAGAAAAAACUUAUGGCGGAAGCCAAAUAUCGAAAUUACAUGUCUAACAUAGAUAAAGCCUUGAGAAAUUUUGAAUAUUCCUCAGAAUGGGCUGAUCUUAUAUCGGCUCUGGGAAAACUAAGUAAGGCAAUAUCGAGUAAUACACAGUAUCAAGUUAUACCAAGACGCAUUAAAAUAUCUAAACGUUUGGCACAAUGUAUGCAUCCAGCAUUGCCCUCGGGUGUACAUCUGAAAGCUUUGGAAACUUAUGCUGUAAUAUUUGGCAAAACAGGUCCAGAGCGUUUGGCCACAGAAUUAUUUAUAUACAGCUCGGGUUUAUUUCCGUUACUCGGUUAUGCUGCCAUGAAUGUCCGACCAGCCCUUUUGGGCAUCUAUGAAACAUACUUUGUGCCCUUAGGUGAGAAACUUCGACCUGCCUUAAGUGGGUUUUUGAGUGGUGUAUUACCCGGUUAUGAAUGUGGCUUAGAUCAUUUCGAACGCACCAGUUCACUACUGACACAAGUGUGCACUGCCGUUAAUCCAACACAUUUUUAUACCGUCCUUUGGGAGUGUGUGGCCACAAAUGCUUCGGUACGUCUACCAGCCAUUUCGUAUCUACUUGAACAUUUUAACAAACGUACAACAAUGCAAGAACAAAUUUACGUUAUGGGCCACAAUCGUGAUAUUAUGAUGUCAGGUCUGUGUGCUUGUCUAAAUGACACUUUAAUUCUGGUGCAGAGGAACACUUUAGAAUUUCUAUUGCUCGGUUUUCCUAUGCAUACGAAACUCUUGUCGGAGAUGGACUUGAUAAAGCUGGUCACAAAUGGUUUGCAUACCAUUUUAAGGCGUGAUAUGUCAUUGAAUAGGCGCUUGUAUUCAUGGCUGUUGGGUUCAGAAGUUAUGAAAAAUUCUCCUACUUAUGAGGCAGUUCCUGACAUAACCAGCACCGAUGGAGCAGAACAGACAAAAACUUAUUUUGAACAGCAUUCGAGACAUGUUGUCAUACAAGCCUUAAUUUCUACCUUGAAAUUUAGUUUACAAUGUUCGCCGGUCGAUUUAAAACCAUAUCGGAUAAUGGUUUCCUUGUUGGAUAAGGCCGAAAUAGGCAGUGCAGUUUUAGAUUAUGUGUUAUGCGAUAUAAUUCGUACCAUGUCUUUGUCCAACGGCAAUGUUGAAGUUACAAAAUCUUCAAAUUUGCUCUUUGCCACCUUCGAUCCAGCAUAUAUCUGGAGUUUUAUGACAACAAUGUUUGAAAAAUCAUGUAAAAAGACUAAAAAGGUUAAUAACGGUGAUUCGUCGAAAAAGUCCUACAAUCGCUCGAUUAGCAAUGAUCAACGUUUUCAAUGUGUUGUAGGCUCUGGCGAUCCUAGUCUGGUGGAGAUUUGCUAUCUUACCGAGUUUCUAUUGGAAACAAUUUCUUUAGAAAUGUAUAACGAAACAACACGCAUCUAUUUGCCCAAAGUAUUUUUAGCCAUAACGCAAAUGCUAACUGUACAUCUAGAAAAUCUAACCAACGACGAGGUAACGGCUUCUCUGAAACUCUGCAUGAAAAUUGUCUCCAGAGUGCAACCCAUGAUAACAAGUCCCAUUAAAAUAAUGCCUCGCAAUUCUCAACAAGGCUACAAAUCUAGUGACAAUGAAAAAGCUGACAAUAGCUCAACUAGAGCUCAACCUAUAUCGGCGAUAUUAGGAGCAAAUGCUUUGGAAAAAAGUAAAUCGGAUUCAAAACUUGACCAAUUUGCCAAUCCUGAAAAUAUGAACAAGUCAAUGACAUCAGCUCGCGACGAGGAACAUAUUCGUCGAUCGAAUUCGAAUCAACAUAUGGAACGUAAAAGUCCCACUAAAAAGAAAAAAGCAAAGUCUUUCUCAAAACUUUCUGAACUAGACAAAGAGAUUUGUCCCGAUACUGGUCAGUUAAUAGAUCCACGGCAAUCAUCUUCAGAUUUAGACACUCCAACUAGCAUUAAAAAGAUAAAAGCAAAAGCCAAUCGUUUACGCAUGAGUCCCAAAAAAGUUCGGCCUCAAGAACUUUCGAUUACACAUGACAAGUCAUCGUCAUCCAUUAGGGAUUCCAAGCACUCCUAUAAUGAUCCUGUCGAUACACCGGACUACGAGUUUCAAGAUGACGAACCAAAAAGUGCUCCUUUAGAGCAAUCUUCUAAACAGCACGCAGAGGGCUUCAUUUUCAAUUAUCAAGACAUUAGCAACCAACAGGACGAUUUGCAGCAACAGGAAGCCUCGGCAACAUCCACCAUACUGGAGAAAUGUAUAAAACAAUACGAAAUAUUUUUCGAAGUCUAUUUGAGUCAUAAAGUUCUACAGAUCACAACGCAACAAAAAUCAAGCAAAUGCUUUGUGAAGGUACAAGUUCAAAAUCAAGAUACUUUGGAGGCUGAAAAUAAACUUCCCAAUGUUGAAAACAUUUUCAAGCAUGAGCAAGUCUACGAAGACAUAAAUCCAUGUCGCAUUUUAGAUAUAGAUAAUCUAUUUGAAACUCUCAAAAUACAUGUUGUUAACAGAUCUAAACAAUUGCACACAUUACUCAAUCGUUCCCUCAAUGAGGCUCAAAGUGAAAACACCGAUGGCAGUGAAAAUGGAGAUGUCGAAGAGAAUUCUUAUGAAAUUGAUGAAUUGACUAAAAAGAGACUACAGACUCUGCUGCAGUUGCAGUUGUCACCAUCACUGAGGCAAGCCAUUAAAUUAUCCGUAAAUUUAUUGGUGGAAAUGUCCACAUUUCCAAAUUGCAAUAAGAAUAUUACUUUGGAAAAGAAUGAAAAUGAUUUGCCCAGUUGGUUAAAAGUUCUAUGUAUUGUGGCCUGCUAUACUCAAAAUGAUAAAGAACUACAACUUUCCUCUAUUACAACGCUCUUUGAUCUAAUAAGCUUAUUGAAAUCCCAAAUCGAACAUACUACAAGUCCUGGAGUAACAUUUGUUGUAAUGCUUCCCUUACUAAAAUUUGGCCAUGUACAUUACAUUGAACGACACACUAAAGUUUUUCAAUUACUGGCCUCCAAGUUGUGGGACUAUUUAGGAGAACAUGAAGUCGAUAACACACAAGUAUGUGCUCUACUCUAUCAACUGCACAAUUGUUUGGAAAGUGGCUUAGUGGAACGUAUAAUAGACAAUCGAAUGUUUGCGAAAACAAUGCAACAACAUUUCAGCGCAGCCUACGAAAUGUCAGAAACUAAACGUCACCAUCACGGCCGUAAGCAGGAGAAGUUACAAACAACUGCUCUGAGUGCCUAUAACAGUGACAGGGCUACCGAUGUACAUAUGAUGUGUGUAGCACCCACAUUUCUGGUGCAGCGUUCAUCUAUUGAAAAGCUAAGCGAAAGCGAAUCAAUAAGUUUCAAAAAAUAUGAGCUACUCUGGCAUUUAGGACGCGAUAAACAACAAACUAGAGGUUUUGAAAAAUUACAAUUUAAGGUUCUAGACACUUUGGCAUUGCCGCCAUACAUGUCGGUGCGAACAUGUGUUACCAAAUGGCUGCAAUCGGCUUUACUAAGAGGCGAUCUUUCACGUUUGGUUAAACCUUUAUAUAAGAUUUUACUAGCCUCCAAUACCAAGCGUAUUAGCAUAGUUCAUAUACAUCUUCUGCAAAAGGGCAAUGACGACAAUGCAAAUUCAAAAGCAUCUUCGUUAAAUGGUCAUGGCAAAAAUAACAAUCCAACUGAUGUAGACAGCUCUGUUGAGGCAGAUGUCUAUGCGGUUAGUUCGGAAUACGGGAAUAUACGUUAUAUAACGGAUUCGACCAGUCACCACAAAAAGCGUAGCCCCAUACGUUCUUUCCACAAGAAGAUAUUCGGCGUUGCUUUAAGCAGUAAGAAUAAAACAUCUAAUUUCGUAAGCGAUCAAACAGCAUCCACAUCCCCAAAUAUCGGUGGCAUAGAUGUGGCGGUACCACCAUCUACCCCAAUUGGGGUAAUUGUAAAUCCAUUGGAGAAUUCGUUGGACUUUGACGAUGAUCAAGAACCGGAAACACUACAGGUAAAGGAGAAAUUAAAUAUUAAAGAGACUCAAAUGGAAGAUGAGGAUCCCGAUGACUUAGAGGAAGAUGAAAAUGAUGAUGCAGCAUUUGAUCAAGACUACACCGAUGAAUCGGACAGCAGUAUUUUCGACUCGGAGUCGGAACAGCGUGAAACAAGCGUUGAAAAAGAUGAUUCUAUUACACAGACGUUCGAGUAUGAAAGUAAAUCGGAUCUGAAACGUUAUGUGGGUCACACAGAAAGUGUUACUGAACUACUCUCGCAACACGAUCGCAUAAAAAAUCGCAAAACCUACCAUUUGACCAGGGAGAAAACACCAGGCGAUACAAGUUUAACUUCUACGACCACUGACGAACAUGGUCCGUUUUCCUUAGAAAUGGACCAGUUGGAAGAUGAUGCACAUGCGGCAGAAGAAUAUUUCGAUUCCAAGUCCGAUGAACGUCAAGUCGAGUCUUUUGUGGAGGAUCUUAUAGAGCAAGUACGCGAUACAGCCAUAACAAAACGCAAAAAGAAACUAAAGAACCGCAUCAAAAAACUAAAGUCGAACAAAUCUCCCUUGGGCCAUAAGGAGAAAAUGGAUAGCAAACGCAUGAGUUGCAUUUCGAAAAUAUCCACUGACAGUAACAAUAGUUUUACUACCGGCGAAAUAGCAAAAGAAAGCGCUGAAGAUGAGGAAGAUUCCACCUCGAAAUUCAUAAACAUCGAAGAGAAGCGAAAAACUUUAAAUUUGGAAACUACUGCAAAGUCGCACAAUAAAGAGUGGGAAUUGACGCCAGAAACUAUAGAGAAAAGUAAACAAAAUUUGGAAAUUCUUCGACAAUCGGCCACAUCGCAAUUGGCCAAACAAGAUGCCUCCAGCAAGAGAUCAUCUACAAAAAGCUGUACCUCAUUUGAGAGUUCCAUGACCAAACGUUUUCAAAACGAAAAGCUGUUGCCUUUGUACCAAAAUCAUAUGUUAAUUUACAUGAACGUUUAUGACACGAAACAAACUCUGUAUGCCUUUCACACUCUAAGAAACAUUAUAUCCUGUGAUACCCGUACGUUUUUGUGUCUUUCGAUCACCACUUCUCUAUCGAGUGGCUCAUUGAAACAACUACUGACAAGACAUCGCAAGUGUAUAGCGGGUAAAGGUUUUGCGGGCAGCAUAACUACAUCAGAAUUUGCCCAGAGCUACAGAGGCUGUAUGCAUUUGGAGGUUUUACUGCUGUUGUGCUUAUUCUAUGCCAGGGGCUUCUUUCACGUCGACUCACACGAUUCGGCAAGUGAGCCUCCCACUAGAGCUGAUGUUAUGGGUAAUUGCCGUGUUCAGCUGGAAAGUAUUGAAUUGUUGACCCUUAUAUGUGCCGAACUAAUUGAAAUCGUAAAAGGCAUGGGCAAGGGCUUGGCUUGUUACUUGGCCGAUCUUAUGGCCAGAUGUAAAUUACAAAAAGUGAUUUUACAUUGCUUGAAUUCAUCAGUAAACACUUAUGGUCAUCACUAUCAAGGCUCCACCAUGGCCGAGCAAAUAAUUAACUUUAACAAUCCCCAAGACGAUAACUUACAUGCUGAGGCAUUUCAAAUACAGUUAUUGAGACUUCUGAUGGUGGUCAUUAAGCUUGAGUACGAAGUCAUACUGUUGAAAAACGACUCCAGUGGAACAGGCACUAAUGAACCCACAGAUUCUGGCAGUAUUUCUCCUACUCGCUUAACCUCGGGCGAACCUUCGUUGAGUUCUGUGAAAUAUUUACCCAACUGUGUCAUCAGUCAGCAGCCAAUGUUUUUGUCUGCAAUUUUAAGCGCCUUACAGGAUGAACGUUUACGGCCACUGCAUCACAACUGGACCGAUUUGGUGACGUCCUCCUUGAACUGUUUCAACUUUGGCUCUCUUACCAACAUUGUCAUUAGUGUGGUACACCAGUUGUGCAAUAAUAUAGAUCAAUUAACUAAAAUGAAAUUGAAAGACCAAGUUGGAUUGCCUCCUGACUAUGUCAUCUCGCAAUUGGAAGCUAUUACUGUUCUCUGUCACUAUUGUCUGCUGGACAAUACCCAACAGACAACACUGUCGCAACUUUUCAACCAGGCUUAUCCACAAACAAGUGCAAUAGCAUCACAAAAUUCCAAUACAGGACAAUUAUUUAACAGCAUUGUCCAUUCUCUCCUGCCAGCCGGAGUAACAUCGAUUAGUUCAACCACAAACCAGGCAGAUGUGCAGGCGCCUAAAAAUCAGCAACUAAUGGCUGCCCGAAAUGCAGUGCUCUCUCAUUUACCGCGUAUAGUUUCUAGUGUCGCUGCCAUAUGGGACAGUGACUUGGGCCAAAUUAGACAGAUAAAGCAACAGCUGAUGGAAUUCCUAUCGCCAAUAUCAUUACAUCAUGGCGCCAACUUUUUAGCAGCCAUAGCCGUAACUUGGCAAGAGCGGGGAGAACUACAUCGCAAGAAAUGUGCCCAUGAGUACAAAAAUCUUACAAUACCUCAACAAUAUCAAAGGAAUUCAAUGCCUCAGGCUUGUGCCGAACAAUUAAGUCUAGUAUCAUUGGUUUCCAGUAUACGAGUAAUGCCCAUGGAUUCGUUUGUGCAAACACUACAUCAAGUGGUAAAAUCUCCGCCACCCAUUCACAGACCACCUUCAAAUUUGAAAAUAGAGGUGUCGGCAUUGGAAUUGUUCUAUUUCUAUAUGAAAUCGGCUCCAGCCCCGCAGUUGGGAGACUCUUGGACCUCUUUAUUAGCUCUCUUAAAGGAUGGCCUGUCUCUGACACCGUCAGCACAAUUCACACUUCUUAUGUUACUGAAUGAAUUCGUUCAGCGUUGUCCUCAAAUGCCGUUCCAAGAUAAAAAAGAUAUACGCGACUUGCACGAUGUGACUUCGCGUCUGGUGGACUCAUUGUCCAAUGUGGCUGGCUCUUGUUUAGAGCAAACAACUUGGCUAAGACGUAAUUUAGCCGUUAAAGAAGACAUCACACCAAUGGUUACCGAUGGCGAUACUACGUCCACAUCGAGUGCUGGCGGCACUAGUGUCAUUCAAAAGUAUUCCGUACAAGCUCAAAGUGUAUUAGCUGCCAUACUUGCCAACCUUCUGGAUGUGGCCUACGGUUCUCAAGAAAAGGACAAAGUCGUUUCGAUUAUAACCACGCUUCUCUACAAUAUAACACCAUACUUGAAGAAUCAUACUACACGCAAUAUACCUUCGUUUUAUGCCUGUUCCAGUCUUUUGGCAUCUCUGAGUGGCUAUCAGUAUACACGCAAGGCUUGGCGCAAAGAUAUGAUGGACUUGCUCCUGGAUACUUCGUUCUUUCAAAUGGACAUUACAUGCCUGCCAUUCUGGAAACAGAUUAUGGACAGUUUAAUGACUUACGAUAACACCACGUUCCGCGAAUUGAUGAGUCGUGUUUCGUUAACACAAACUGGCAGCUUAAAUAUAUUCACCUCCCGGGAACAAGAGUAUGAACAGCGUUCUAUGCUGCUAAAACGUUUGGCUUUUGUUAUAUUUUGCAGUGAAUUCGAUCAGUAUCACAAGUAUAUGCCAGAAAUUCAAGAACAAUUAGCCAACAGCUUACGUUUACUGUCGAAUGUACCCUCCGUACAAGCGGCAGUAUUUCUAUGUUUCCGGGUACUACUGCUGCGUAUGUCACCCGAUCAUGUGACCUCCCUAUGGCCUAUAAUUAUUGCCGAAAUGGUGCAAGUAUUCCUAUCCCUUGAACAGGAACUUAAAGGUGACGGAGAAGAUGUCAGUCGCAUGGUUUCUGGUAUGGAUGCGUCAUGGUCCUCUUCAGCUGCCAACAAUGGCCUGUCAACACAAAGUCAGAUAUAUUACUGGCGUUCAGUACAACUUGAGGCAUCAAAACUACUUGAAAUGGGCUGUGUGUUGCCAGCAACUCUACUACCACACUUUCAAAUGUAUCGUUGGGCAUUUGUGGGCACGGAGUUUGAUGUGAGCGAUAAAGCUCCUAUACCUAAUGGUGUAGUGAAUGAGGAAAGUAUAGGAAUGCCGGCGUUAUACGUACCCCAUAUUAGGCGUAUAGCUAGAUUAAUGGAUAUGAAGUAUGCUGUACAUUCUCCAACCUUAAACUUCAAGCGAGGCAAACAUUUAAUGCUUACUUGUCAGCAAAUAAAUUCAUUGCAAGAUCUUUACGGUUUCUUUUCUACCCUGAGUGUGGCCUGUCCUAAUCCUCAUAAUCAUGCCGAUGUUGAUACUGAAAUCAACAAUUGUUUGCAAGAAAUUGAGGAUAUAUUAUCCAAAGACUUUUUGGAAAAAAUGCCCACUAGUACUACACCCAGGUGAAAAGAGUCGUACUCCCAUUUAACCAAUGGAGUAGCUUUGGUGCAGGACACGAUACUACUCUCAACGCCAAACAACAAUGAGUUUAAUACACCAACAACUUCUAAUUGUCAUUUUUCUACAAAACGCCGUUUUGUAACGGGCUCCUCUUUUACUAGUUUUAAAUUAACUACGUCUCCGCUGUUGUCGUCUUCUUCGCCAUUAAUGUCACUAUCGAAACAUGCCUUUUCCUCGUCAUCAUCGUUAUCGUUGUCAUCCACGUCUUGUGUCCAUAACGUGACGUCUUCUUUGAAUCGUGGUGCAAUUGUUAAUUCUAAACCGGAGACCAGUCAUCUUCCAUUUUAUGUCUAAAAACUCGAUGUUUAUCUGUGGCCUAUGGACAACAACAGAAAUUACUCAUAAUGUUUUUAUGUUGUUUUUUUUUGUCGUUAAUUGUUCCAAAUCUUUAGCUGCUUAAAAACAACUGAUACGAUUAUCAUUUUUUUCACAGCAGCUUAUUAAUUAAAACGUUUCAAUAAACAAGAUCAGCAUAAAUAAUAUAUAAAUUAACAUUGAUUUAAAGAAGGAACAAAGAAAUUUAAAAUUUAUUAAUAAAAAAAACAAUUAAAUUAAAAAGAAAAACAAAACUGUAAUUAUUUAAGAUAUUGCUAUCAUACUAUAACUAUUAUUAUUAUUGCUGUGAAUCUUACAAAACAAAAAUAUUAUUAUUGUACAUUAUUAUAUUAAAUAAAUUGAAUAUUAUUCAAACAAAAAUAAAGUUCUUAUCAC